GCGCGCGCUUGCGCGUGCGAGGCGGCGGUGGUUGCUCCCGCGCGCCUCGUCACUGCCCCCACCCCCGGUCGUGCGCGUGCAGCAGCUCGCGGAAUUGGUGAGGGAGAAUCUUGCUUUUAAUGAAACAUUUAUCAUAUGUUCAGAGGCAAGUCAGUAAACCUGGCCAAAAGCUGAUGUCAUCAGAAACACCAAGAAAGAAUGCAGAGUUGCCAAUGGAAAAUACCAUGUCGCCUGAGGUUCCUGAUGUGGAACAAAAGGUGAAGUCAAGUGACAGUCUAGUAGAGAGACCGGAGGCAGGAUCAAACAAGGAAGGAGGCCUUGCGCCCGUGUCCAAGAGGCAAAGGAAAAAGCUGUUGAAGCAGAAGCAGUGGGAAGAGCAGAAAGAUCUACGGAGGCAGAAACGAAAAGAAAAACGCCAGAAGAGAAAGCUAGAACGUCAGUCAAAGUUGGACUUCAGUAGUGAAGGGAAUGACAGAAAGCGUAUGCGGAGGGAAGUUGUUCCUAGUACACUUCGCCUCAUUGUGGACUGCAGCUUUGAUGACCUGAUGGUAUUAAAGGAUGUUAAGAAGCUUCACAAACAAAUUCAGAGAUGUUAUGCAGAAAACCGCAAAGCAUUUCAUCCCGUGCAGUUUUACUUGACCAGCCAUGGAGGACAGUUGAAGAACAACAUGAAUGAAAAUGACAAAGGAUGGGUGAACUGGAAGGACAUGGAAAUUAGAACGGAACACUACAGUGAGCUAAUAAAGAAAGAAGACCUAGUAUAUCUUACCUCAGAUUCCCCGGAUGUUCUCAGUGACCUUGAUGAGAAGAAAGCCUAUGUGAUUGGAGGAUUGGUGGAUCACAAUCACCACAAGGGAAUUACAUACAAAAGAGCUGUGGAACAGGGAAUUGGUCAUGCACAGCUCCCACUUGGAAACUUUGUCAAAAUGAACAGUCGCAAAGUGUUAGCUGUCAAUCAUGUGUUUGAGAUUAUCCUUGCAUACCUGGAGAAGAGAGACUGGAAGGAGGCCUUUUUCAGUGUCUUGCCACAGCGGAAAGGAGCUGUUCCUUUGGGAGAAGCCAAAGAUCCCUCCACACAUGCUCUGUUUGGAAAAGAAUAUGAAGGAAAUGAUUUGGGGAGCGACCAGACUUCACAAUGAGAUGAUGGGAAUGGGAUAAAGCUCUCGGCUGGCUCCUUAUGCAGUGUUUGAGAUCAUGCUUGCAUACCUGGAGAAGAGAGACUGGAAAGAGGCCUUUUUCAGUGUCUUGCCACAGCGGAAAGGGGCUGUUUGUUUGGGAGAAGCCAAAGAUUCCUCCAAACAUGCUCUGUCUGGAAAAGAAGAUGAAGGCAAUGUCGUGGUUUUGCCUAGCCGCAGCGGAAAGGCGGAACAAAAGCCCGAGACUCCUCCUCCUCCUCCCGGCGGAACACAGACGGGAUCGGGAAAAAGAAAAAGAGCCCGCCUAAGUUGAAAUAAGAACAAUUUACUAGGGGAAAGUUGAAGAGGAACAACUAUAACAAACAUAAAAGAAUAUUACAAACAAAACAGUCACUCACCACCCAGGAUCAGACCUAAGCCACCGCUCUGGAUCGGCGACCGAGAAACCACGACCCCGCAAGAGAACUUCUUCCAGCCAACUCCUUACCUAUAUCCUGGGCAUGACGUUAGGAUGCCAUCGAAUACCUGCUGGCCAGCCUGGAUUGGCUGUUCGGGCUGUACCCUUUCCUGGUUCCUCACGGGAAUUAACUCUAUCCGAGCUCAAACCAGGACAGGCAAUGACUUGGGCAGCAACCAGACUUCAGAAUGAGAUGAUGGGAAAGAGGAGACGUGUAGUUCAUGGGAUAAAGCUGGGCUGUGAAGUGGUUAGACUCCAAAGACUGUCUGCUGCCAUUGUGAUACUGAAUUGUCUCAGUGCUUGGUAGUUCCAUGGUUGGCUCAGAGCUGUUUCUGGACAGGAAGGGUAAAGAUCAAUGUAGUUUCUUACCGUGGAACCUCCAUAUUCAUAGCUUUUUUAAAAAAAUCAAUUAGUGGCACGUGCAGAAUUUCUUUUGUUUCCCGAGGAAGCAUUUUUUUUUUUAAAUAUUUCUUUUCUAAAUACAUACCAAGUUGGGAGCAUUGCCCAAGAGCAUUAGUAGUUACUUUUUAAACAUAGUCAUUCUUCUCCAUUUCUGCUCUAAGUUUUCUUAAGAGCAGUGGAUGACAAGCCUUCCUGUGAGCUCAAAACAAGUACCACUAGUGCCUGUUGCAAAUGGGCUGGAGUUUGAAAGCAGUCAGGUGAGCAACAAUCUAUAUUGAGGGUCUGUGAGAAAUUAUGGGAGUCCAAGCGUGGUGUUCAGGUUAGUUUAGUUGUACUGAGGGGCCUCUAGGCGUCCUGCUUCUGGCAUUUGGCUUUUCAGCAUUUUUCAUCUCAGUCUUGACGCAGGGAAUAUUUCCUGUCAUUUAAUAUACAAAGGUGGGUCUCUUGGGAAGAGUGCACUGAGCCCUGCUCUGUGCUAAGCUCCUCUUUUCUCAGUGCAGUGCUAACGGGCUUUUUCUCGUUCCCCCUCAAACAGACAGAUGUUUUGAAUGAACCUGUGUGCACUGAAUAGUCUUGCUCUGGAAAAGACAGAAGUAGAGUCAGUUUUGUAGAACCACAGAAUAGUCUGGGUUGGGAGGGCCAAGAAUUUAUGCACUAGCCGUCUGUAGAAGAAUAUGGCCAAGAUGUUCUGUUGCAGUGCAAAACUGAGCUGCACCAUUAGGUGUUAAAGGUACGUUAGCUCUUGCAGCCAGGUGGAAUUCUUGACUCUGAGGGAGAUGGGGGUGGAUACAGCAGAGCAUUACAGAUUUGUUUGGAUCAGACAGCAACGGAGAUCUCUGGAAGUGCUGUGGGAGUUGUUGAUGAAAGUCUUGGUGAAAGAUCUACAAAAAAGCACGUGCAAAUAUGUAUGUGUGAGUACCACAGCACAGAAAGUUAGGAAAGAGAGAGAAAGAGACUGUAUAGAGGUGUCUAAGUUUAAAGUUCAGAUCUUACCCAAAAGUGACCCUAUGAGGGGAAGAGAGGUUCAGCCCAUCAGCUGAUCGCAGGAGUCAAGAGUCAGUGAUGGAUUCUUGCCUGACUUAGUCACGAUGGUAUCUUUCCUAAUGGUUCCCCUUUGUUAAGCCAUUUCUGUAAUACUUUUUACUUUCAAGGGGGAGCUUGAGUGGCUCGAGUCAUAAAUACCUUUAUUAGGAUUGGUGUAAAAUUCUCUCGCUUUGCUUUUAAAGGCAUAGGCUAAGAAAAGUUCAAAGAGCAUGCUCAGUGAGGGGUGGUCGCACCUUGGAGGCAGGCAGCCUUUGGGAUGGAGGUGUGUUUUGGUGUUAUAGUGACAUUAGAAUGAGCAAAGUUCACUCAGACGACGGCAUUUUGUCAAAACGUGACAGAAGGCUGGCCCAGAGUGUCAGGCCUGCAGUUUAUCAGUCCCGUAGUACCAUGCGGAACCUGGCUACAGAAUCCCCACUCCAUCCCAGCCUCCGUGCUGGUUGCCUAGUGAACCAGGGAUUCCUCACGUACCAGCUGCAGUCUUCCCUGGGACCCUUUGCGAUGUUACACCUUUCCUUAGAGUGUGAACAAUGCUGUCUCUUUAAUAGAAGUUCAACUUCUAAAUUAUUUCCAGUAAUCAUUCCACAGGAACAAUGCUGGCUCAUGCUUAAUCUGCUGUCCAGCAGAACUCCCAGGCCCCUCUCCGUGCAGCUGCUCUCCAGCAGGUCAGCCCUCAGCCUGUACUGGUACAACAUGGGGUUGUGCCUCCCCAGGUGCAGGACUUUGCCCUUGCCCCUGCUGGGAGGUUCCUCUCUGCCCGUGCAGCAUGGUGUGGUUGAAUCGCUUCAGGCCUAAAUAAAAUGGGCAUAAAAUAAUUUUGACAAGGAGUCUGAACAAAUCUCUUUUUAAUGUGCAUACUGAAUUUACAUGUUUCUGUUUGUUAAGGAGACCGGGAGACGCUUCAGUGUGUCUGAACACUGCGGGGUCCUCCUCUGUAAAGGGGGUAUCUGUUCUUUGGGAGGUGGCUGCGGCACUCGUGGAGCUGCUGAUCGAGCGGGAGGGCAGGAUGGUCUCUUGUUUCCAUGCAUUUGCAGUUUGCCCCGAGAGCACUUCUUCCUGUUCUCUGCCGCACUUUCCUUGGGAGUCAGCAUGCCUUUGUCUGUCAGUUUUGUCUGUCUUUUGUCCCCCAAGUCUUUCUCUGAAAUGGGAAAGGAGCAGAAAUUUUACUCAAGUUGCCCCUUGCUGAUUUGGAUGCUUAGGGUGAAUUCAAGAGGUCCCCUACCUCACUUUCAGAGGGCUCAAGGAUGUAAGAGAGAGACAUAUUGUUUGCCUUCUGCCUUCCCCCAUCCCCACCGAGAGCGCAUGUUUGCCCAUCCUGCACCAAACCUGAGUGUGCUGAGGCCUGAAGGACUCAUUUCUGUGCCCUGUCACCUCCCCACUCAGCACAGCCACGGCUGGGCCUAGCACGCUGCUCUGGCUCCUACUCUUCCACCUCAGCAACUCCACUCAGUUCAGGUCUGUGAGGAUUUCUGGGCUUUAGGGGAAUGCCCAGGAGCGUGUGUGGUUCAGGAAGGGAUGCAGUUGCCUGUGUUUGUCACCUUUUUUACUUGUCCUUGCUGACCACUUUUGGAUCUUGGCAGGCGAAUCUGUCUGGAAACCCUCGUGGAGUUGUUCCAGUACCUGGAAGAUGAACAAGACAGAUGCCAUGAAGGAUGAGAAGCUGAUUCACGGACAACUUUUGCAUGGCUUUUGCUUUAGUGCAGGCUGUGAGAUUGCCCCUGGUGCCUGCCCCUAGCAAGUUGCAGACAGGUGAAAGUGACUCCAGAGGAAAUGCUAAAAAGGAAAAGCAGUAGACUCCACUCGAGUAGCAAGGGGAGAGAAAUCUGGCAAUGAAGGACCACACCAUCCUUGAAGGAAAUGAAACGUGCAAAGUCCUAGGAAGUCGUAUGCGGUAACCCUCACAUCUUACCUUUUUUUUCCGAUCCAAGUCACUGUGGCCAGUGUUCACCUUCUCCUGGACGCAAGAUUUGUCACGCGAGAUGAGCGAAGGAGAGGACGGCUGAGUGAGGGGUAUGACGUGGAUUCCCUCUGUUUUUGCAGGUUGUGUGGAGGCUUGGAAUCGUUUUUUCAAGAGCUGUUUUUCCCCAAAAAGAAAGCACGGUGUAAAGGAAGGGCAUGACUCCACGUAAGCAGCACUUAAAGGCAAGGUGAACUCUAUGGCUAACACAAGUCCCCAGCAAGGGUGUGCAGCACAAGAGACCCGAGACUGUCACCUGUUGGGAUGUGACCCCCUCUAGGUUAAUUUCAUGGGUGCAUUGCCACAACCUCCAAUGUACAGACAGCGAGGAGAAGAAUAACAGAUAUCCAGGGCGUAAUGUGUAACACUGGAUGACUGUGGGAACUGCUGAUGGAAAUCAGAUGAGGAAGGGAAUCAAUCUGGAUCUCUGUGGUGUCUUUGCUCUUCUGUACUGGGUUUGUCAUGACAAGCACACUUAGUGCUAGGCCACUAUAUUUCUCUGUGCACAGGCUCCCCCUGCCCUUUGAAGGCCCAAGUGGUCCAACUGUGCUUGGCAGAAGUUUCUAUUUGUAAGUACAAAGACCAGCAGGCUGCUGAGAGCUGCUAAGGAAGCGUAGUUGUCUGAGGGUGGUGAUAUGUCCAUCCUGUAGUCAUUCUGUAGCCAAACCACAGCAAAUAAGACCUGGAAGAGCUGUUUUCUGUGAGAGUAAGGGAAGAGUAAAAGUCAAGCGUGGUCUUUCCUACAGCCAGCUCAGGAGGCAUGACACAGCUGGAAGCAAUAGAGUUCUAGUUUAGUUAUCAAGCGCCCUGACACUGUCUCCCUUGCAGGCUCCUGUUCUACCCGUGGGAUCCUCAUGUGUCUGGCUGUGGCUCUGGGCUGUCCUCCUUACCAAUCAAAGACUGUCAGUUCUGGCGACAGUCUUGGGAAAUGAGAGAGUACUGAAAGCAUGAGCCAUGUAUUUUUUUUCUGUUACCUUUUCAGAGGCAGGAGGGUGACCUUCAGUCCUUUCACGAGGAUCUGCAGUGAGUUCUGGAAACAGACAGGCAGAGUGUUUUCUCAAGUUGAUAAAGGAAGGCUGUAAGUUACCCUUUAUGCUCUUCAGGGCAGGGGGCAUUUUAACUUCAGAAUGGCACGAGCAUAUUUUCGAUCUCCCUAGGGGGUUGUAAUUCUUCUCUGGUUUGUUUGCUUUUUGAGCCUCACACAGCACAUUGGUGCAGUGACUUGCUGAGGGGCCUGAGAAGUGAGAAGAAAAGCCUGGAAAGUGUAUUUACAACAGGUGGGCUGAGAGUGCCGUCUCCCCGCUACUGCCCAGUGAUCGCUGCUCAUUAUGAAGUUGUUACAUGUCUGGGCAGCACGUGAUCUCUAAAAGGUACCAAGGUGCAACGCUAGUUAGCCAGAAGAAAUCUUGCAAGAUGUGGAGACCACACACAUAGAAGGGAAGAAAGACUUACCUUGUAAAGGCGGAAGCCUGUUUCUAACAGCACAGAUGCGAGUGUUGUUUAAUCCUGUGGAAAAAAACCAAAGGAUACAGAGAUGAUUCAUUGCUGAGGACAGCUAACGAUGCUGCCGAGUGGCUUGAAAUGAAGGGAAUGGCUGAUGCUGGGGAAAUGCUUCUCUUGGACAGAUCCAGGAAAGUGGAGCAGGGGGUAUUUUUGGAAGAAAAUGGCAUUACACUCAAAUUUCCCUUUUUGCUUUUGAGGGCAGCUGUCCAGGCUCUCUGUGUAGUCCCUCAUCAACUCUUACUAGGCAUGUGAUACACCAUCCUGGGAUGGGGAGCAUUCCUGCAGUAGUAGUAGCCUUCCCCUGAGUCACUCGACUGAGAGGAAUGCUGGUUGAACUGGGGCUCACACACUGGCAUGGAAUCAAUAUCUGUCGUGUAAGCCUGGAUCUUCUCCUGUCGCAGAGCAUGCCUCUGUUGAGCAGUUUGGCUCCUCCACUGAUGGCCUGAGGCCAGGCUCUAGAAGGAGAGUAAAGAACGUGAACUGCCAUAGGCUGAAAGGCAGCACAAUCUGCAAUUACUCCUUUCCUUGUUCCUCCCUCUUCCAUGUCCAAUUUGGAGAAGUUAUAAGCAUGGGCGGGUAGAAGCAAGCUCCCCGCUGCUCCGCUCCUAAGUCGUUCCACGGGGCAGCCAAUGCUGCUGCUAUUUGCUUAUAGUUCGUGCUCCGCAGGUCAGCCGCACCUUGCUAUGCCUGCCUGAGACAUCUCCUUGUAGCAACACAUUCUGUUGGAGCAGGGCAGUGAAUUGCUCUCUGACUUGUCACGGGAGGUGCGGGGCCAAGUGAUGAGAGGAAAGGACAUGCGCAGGCGUUUUGGGUUUCUGUCUUUCCUAAGGGUUGUGUGGGUAGAGAGGCAGUCCUGUGUUUCUUAAUACCUGCGCUGGUUCAGGUGCAUUCCUGAGCCAGAGAAAGCCCAGGGGAGCAUGAAGGCCUGCCGGGAGCCAGCAGCUGUCCCUCAGGAGCUGUAGGCAGGGCCAGGAGUCAUGGUGGUCAGAUGCCGCUCCCACCAAAGGCAGCCCUGGGGAGCACUGCAACUUGAUCAGUCAAUUUCAUCAAUCCUCUCAGUCCAAGGGAAGGUUUUGAAAAGGAAAGAAACCCCUGUUUUUUCUCAAGACCUUUCCCCAAACACAAAGCACCGUGUAAAGGAAGGGCAUGACUCCACGUAAGCAGCACUUAAAGGCAAGGUAAAGUCUAUGGCUAACACAAGUCCCCAGCAAGGGUGUGCAGCACAAGAGACCCGAGACUGUCACCUGCUGGGAUGUGACCCCCUCUAGGUUAAUUUCAUAGGUGCAUUGCCACAACUUCCAAUGUCCAGACAGCGAGGAGAAGAAUAACAGAUAUCCAGGGCGUAAUGUGUAACACUGGAUGACUGUGGGAACUACUGAUGGAAAUCAGAUGAGGAAGGGAAUCAAUCUGCAUCUCUGUGGUGUCUUUGCUCUUCUGUACUGGGUUUGUCACUACAAGCACGCUUAGUGCUAGGCCACUACAUUUCUCUGUGCACAGGCUCCCCCUGCCCUUUGAAGGCCCAAGUGGUCCAACUGUGCUUGGCAGAAGUUUCUAUUUGUAAGUACAAAGACCAGCAGGCUGCUGAGAGCUGCUAAGGAAGCGUAGUUGUCUGAGGGUGGUGAUAUGUCCAUCCUGUAGUCAUUCUGUAGCCAAACCACAGCAAAUAAGACCUGGAAGAGCUGUUUUCUGUGAGAGUAAGGGAAGAGUAAAAGUCAAGUGUGGUCUUUCCUACAGCCAGCUCAGGAGGCAUGACACAGCUGGAAGCAAUAGAGUUCUAGUUUAGUUAUCAAGCGCCCUGACACUGUCUCCCUUGCAGGCUCUUGUUCUACCCGUGGGAUCCUCAUGUGUCUGGCUGUGGCUCUGGGCUGUCCUCCUUACCAGUCAAAGACUGUCAUUUCUGGCGACAGUCUUGGGAAAUGAGAGAGUGCUUAAAGCAUGAGCCAUGUAUUUUUUUUCUGUUACCUUUUCAGAGGCAGGAGGGUGACCUUCAGUCUUUCCAUGAGGAGCUGCAGAGGGUUCUGGAAACAGACAGAGUGUUUUCUCAAGUUGAUAAAGGAAGGCUGUAAGUUACCCUUUAUGCUCUUCAGGGCAGGGGGCAUUUUAACUUCAGAACGGCACGAGCAUAUUUUGGAUCUCCCUAGGGGGUUGUAAUUCUUCUCUGGUUUGUUUGCUUUUUGAGCCUCACACAGCACAUUGGUGUAGAGACUUGCUGAGGGGCCUGAGAAGUGAGAAGAAAACCCUGGAAAGUGUAUUUACAACAGGCGUGUUGAGAGUGUGUGACAUAAUUACCUAAGUGGCCUGGAAAUUAAUGCUUAUAUUAAACCUUGCAUGAAAGAUCAGCAUUGUUCACCCAUUAAGGAAAGGUAUAAAAAUCAGCAUUGUUCACCUAUUAAGGAAAGGUAUAAAAAUCAGCAUUGUUCACCUAUUAAGGAAAGGUAUAAAAUCGGGAAGGCUUACAGGGUGGAUACAGCUGCUGCUGCUAUGUGAGGAAUGCACAACACAGCAAUUCCCUGCAAAUACCAUGCAGUGUGGAGCAGAGUGGAGGCUCUGCCGACACACUCUGUGAGGAUACGCAGGAACGAGAUGGUCCUCUAGAACUGAUAAGCAGCACUUUUGGUACCCUGAGCCAAUGGUCUGUCAAAUCUUGACAAAAUGCUGUCUUUAGUGCAAACUUUGCUCAUUUUAAUGUCAUUUUAAUACUAAAACAUACCUCCAUCCCAAGGCUACCUGUCUUCAAGGUGAAACUACUCCUCCCUCAGUCUGCGCCCCGAAUUGUUUGUAAACUGUACCUUUAAAUGCGAGGCAAGAGAAUUUCACACCAAUUGGAAUAAAGGUAUUUAAGACUAAAGUCACUCUAACUCCACCUUGAAGGUGAAAAAAGGUAUAAAAUGGUUAAAGAAAAGGGGGAUGUUGGGGGAAGACACCAUCACGAACAACUCGGGGAAGCUCCUUUGCAGAUUGUCUCUGACUCUUGGGAUCAGCCAACGGACUGAGCCUCUCUUCCUCUCGCCUUGGGUGGCCUUGGGUGAGACUUAAACUAAGUACUUCUGCUGGAAACAGAAUUUUUGUAGCCAGGCUGUACUUUGUCAUUUCGUGCACUGUAUUAAAUACGUGUCUAUAUUUUUUUUGUACGUAUUUCUUUUGCAGACAGUCACUAUUGCUGGCAAUCCACAACAACCUGUAUCUCUUUUGCAUGAAUAAAACUGCACUAAGUAGCCAGUCAUCAGUGUUUUUCACUGAACGUGACCAGACCCUGGAGUGUGGCUCUGCUAGUUCCUGAGAAUGACUGGACUGAAGAUGCAGUCCACUAUCACUGAAUCCAGAGUCAUGAUAGUUCACAGGAGGUGAACAUGCCUGGACUGGUCGUGGUAAAUUAAGCAUCACUCAAAAUUUCAACCUAGCCACACCUAACCUCCCACCUUGGUGAGGACAGUUAGAAUGAAAGGGGGUUUAUUUUCUGCCAAAUCACUCUGUCCCUUUUUAAUGUGCCGUGUCCCCGCUACUGCCCAGUGAUCGCUGCUCAUUAUGAAGUUGUUACAUGUCUGGGCAGCACGUGAUCUCUAAAAGGUACCAAGGUGCAACGCUAGUUAGCCAGGAGAAAUCUUGCAAGAUGUGGAGACCACACACAUAGAAGGGAAGAAAGACUUGCCUUUUAAAGGCGGAAACCUGCUUCUAACAGCACAGAUGCGAGUGUUGUUUAAUCCUGUGGAAAAAAAACAAAGGACAUGGAGAUGAUUCAUUGCUGAGGACACCUAACGAUACUGCCGAGUGGCUUGAAAUGAAGGGAAUGGCUGAUGCUGGGGAAAUGCUUCUCUUGGACAGGUCCAGGAAAGGGGAGC